GUCACAAUCAACGCACAUUUCGAACUCAUCUUGAUCAAGGAACUACAAGUCAAGCGCGCAAAUGGCUCGCACUAAGCAAACAGCCCGAAAGUCCACCGGAGGCAAAGCUCCUCGUAAACAACUUGCUACGAAAGCCGCUAGGAAGACCGCCCAGACCGCUACUGGUGGUGUAAAGAAGCCUCACAGGUUCCGCCCCGGAACCGUCGCUCUCCGCGAAAUCAGGCGUUACCAGAAGUCUACCGAGCUACUUAUCAGGAAACUUCCUUUCCAGAGGCUCGUUCGUGAGAUUGCCCAAGACUUCAAAACGGAUCUUCGUUUCCAAUCCUCCGCCGUCAUGGCACUUCAGGAAGCUGCAGAAGCGUACCUCGUCUCCCUUUUUGAAGAUACUAACUUGGCCGCGAUUCACGCUAAACGUGUAACGAUUCAACCCAAAGAUCUCGCACUCGCCAGGCGUCUUCGCGGGGAGAGGACCUGAGCCCCCUCCUCUCAUGACAUUGGAACCAAUUCCUCCCAUGAAUGUCAGCUUCCGUUUCAUCACAUAUUUCUCUUCGCAUCUACAUUACGUUUUUUCUAUUCCAUAUGUUGUACUCCCUAUAAACGGUCACCACUUCUGUAUCUCCGGUGUAAGUAUUUCCUGUCUGUGUUCAUUGUGAAUGCCCUGUAGAAAAGAAUACUGUAAAAGUUAAAAUUC